GGUUUGGAGGAAAUUACAAGGACAUCCUUCAUACUCUUCUGUUAUAACCUUCCACUACAAACCAAACCUAUCAUGGAGCACGAGAUCGAUGGCUGGAUUGAACAGCUCAGUCAGUGCAAACAACUAACAGAAGCAGACGUAAAGAAAUUAUGCGACAAGACGAGAGAGAUACUCAUGGAGGAGUCCAACGUACAGCCCGUGCGAUGCCCCGUCACUGUGUGCGGCGACAUCCAUGGUCAAUUUCAUGAUCUCUCAGAGCUGUUUCGCAUCGGCGGAAACUCGCCAGACACCAACUACCUCUUCAUGGGCGAUUAUGUGGAUCGAGGGUACUAUUCUGUCGAAACUGUCACUUUACUUGUGGCGCUCAAGUUGCGGUAUCGCGACCGAGUUACGAUUCUACGGGGAAACCAUGAGUCACGACAAAUCACGCAGGUGUACGGCUUCUAUGACGAGUGCUUGCGGAAAUAUGGAAACGCUAACGUGUGGCGGUUCUUCACCGAUUUGUUUGACUUCCUACCCCUCACUGCCUUGAUCGAUAAUCAAAUAUUCUGCUUGCACGGCGGUCUCUCACCUUCCAUCGACACGUUAGAUCAUGUCCGCUCCAUUGACCGUGUGCAAGAAGUUCCUCAUGAAGGUCCCAUGUGCGACCUUCUGUGGUCUGAUCCCGACGACCGCUGUGGUUGGGGCAUUUCACCCCGCGGGGCAGGGUACACCUUCGGACAAGAUAUAUCCGAAGCUUUCAACCAUAAUAAUGGGUUGACCCUUGUCGCACGAGCACAUCAGCUCGUCAUGGAGGGUACGUAUAUGUUCGUCACGACGCCUCUUGUGUGCCUCACACGUGAAUGGUGCUUAGGUUAUAGUUGGGGUCAAGAUCGGAAUGUCGUGACGAUCUUCAGCGCGCCGAAUUACUGUUACAGAUGCGGUAACCAGGCUGCGAUCAUGGAGAUAGACGAAAAAUUAUCAUACAGCUUGUGCGUGUUUUUUUUUCACGUGGUUCUGUUUAUUAUCCGUCCUGAAUCCUGCCUCCAGCCUACAAUUUGACCCCGCCCCCCGAGCGGGGGAGCCGCUGGUUUCACGGCGUGUUCCGGAUUAUUUCCUGUAAUGUCUCGCUGGCUUUCGAUAUUGUACAUAGUGCCUACGUCGUGUAUCCUACUUGGGGCUGCGCCAGUCUCAACAACGAACAUUAUAUACCACGUUACACGACAGAGUAAUGAUUACUCACCCUUCGGCCUCAUUCUCGACGUUCUUCAAGACUAUGUGUCCGCAUUUCCCUCGCAGUUAACAUUUUCCAUAAUGCUCACGAUGUUGUUCCCCAUGGACUGUGUAUUGUAGAAGGACAAAAGAAUAGAGAAACGUGGCCGAGUCGUGCCUUGUGUUUUUCGAGUGUGCGCGAUUUAGUAGGUUGGCAUGAUUGUGUACGGAAGAAAAAUUAUGGGGU